AUGGCUGCUUCCAACAAUUGUUCAAUGCUCUUCUUGAUCAUAGCAUUAUUGUCCUUAUCAAGCGUCAGCACAAGUCAUGGUGCUCGUAGCCUACUACAACUUCCCAACUUGCCAACAAUCCCAUCAUUGCCUCAGCUAACAAUGCCACAGCUGCCUACAUUUCCAAACUUGCCAACUGCAGUUACAUUGCCACCAUUGCCAAGUGCUGGAUCUUUGCCAACUCUUCCAACUGCUACACCUAAUUUACCAUCUUUGCCUACUUUGCCCUCUGUACCAAAGAUGACUUUACCACCAAUGCCUGCCAAUAUUCCUCUUCUCAAAAUGCCGUCAUUUCCUACCAUUCCUACACUUGCAACUCCUCCAUCCAACUGA